CGCCAGGAGAUGUCGUGAGCGCCGCGCAGCUCAGCCUCAGCUGGAGAAACGUAACAGCAGCUGAGGCGGCGAAGAUAUGUUACGUGUAAUAUGAAAAGUGGCAGCCGAUUCGUGUCCGCAGGUUGUAAUCUAUGCAUCGAAAAACUUUGCUUUUACUUUAGGGAAACAUGACAGUGCUUAAGCUCCUCUAUGGAGCAGCCUUCGCCUUGCUGCUGCGUUCGGCUCAUGGUAACCUCGCCGACGACUCGGUCCUGUUCAGCAUAAACUGGCCGGGUUCCUCGCCGGACAAGAAGCUGGCGCCCGCCGAGCUGGAAACGCUGUGGAUGGUGUCUGCCGAAAAGGAGCGCUACAAGUGCCUGCUGCCCGCCAAGCCAUUAUCACGAGAGGACGCCGACAGUGCUUCCCCGUACACGGGACCAACGCCGCUGGAGCUGCUGAAGCCGCUCUUUUCCCGGCUCUUCUGUUCCUACCGCCUGGAGCAGUACUGGACCUACGAGCUGUGCCAUGGCAAGAGCGUUCGGCAAUACCACGAGGAAAGCGUCGACAACAAGGUAGUCCUGCAACAGUACUACCUGGGCAAGUACGACGCCAAGAAGCUGGAAGUUGAUGAUGCGAGCUACUUAUCGGAGAGAAGCCGGCGGCCGCCCCGCAUUCGGCUGGAAGCGGGCCUGGAGCUUCCGUACUUCGCGGUCAACAUGACCGGAGGCACGGCGUGCGAGCUGGGAGAGCGAGCGCAGCGCGCGACCCGUGUGCUCUACGUGUGCAACCCAGAGGCCCGCAACGAGGUGCUCAGCAUCGAGGAGCUUUCCACGUGCGAGUACCAGGCCGUGGUGUUUACCCCUUACCUCUGCGCCCACCCAGACUACAGUCCGGAAACGUCGCCAGAGAACCCGAUCCAGUGUGUGGCCCAAGAUGGCGCCCCCCGAUGGCCCAAAGGCCUCAGGACAGAACAAGUGCAGGUGCUUCCUCCCGAGCCGCUGGAACCACAGCCACCUCCAACAGCUGACAAGUUGUCCCAACUGGUGAAGGACUUCCUCGCAGGCAGCCACUGCCUGACAGGGGGCUGGUGGAAGUACGAGUUCUGCUAUGGCCAGCGCGUGAGCCAGUUCCAUGAGGAGAAAGGCAAGGAACGGACUAGCAUCCUGCUGGGCACUUGGGACCACCAGGCACACCUGACCUGGCUAGACAAGCAUCCCGAGCGCAAGCCUGGCCGCACACCCAGGUACCUAACGCACUUUUAUGGAUCCGGGGACACCUGCGACCUCACGGGCAAGCCUCGCACAGUGGAAGUCCUCCUGAAGUGCCGCCAGGCGAAGGGCAACCUUGACAGUGUGUCCCUAUACCUGCUGGAGCCACGCACCUGCGAGUACAUUCUCGGGGUAGAGUCUGCUAUAGUCUGCAGCCUCCUGGAGAAGGUGGACGAGUACGGACUGCCCAGCUGACCCUGGGCUAACAAGAGUGCGUUCACACGGCGGGUCGAAGUCUUUUGGCGGCAUGCACAGGACUCGGUGACCUCCGCUUGGCCCGGCUGUUCCACUCCUGCACAUGCCAUCGUGACAACUUGCACCAAAAUCCAUACAUUCUUAUUGAAAUCAUAGUUCAUGUGCCAUGUGGCUCCCUCAACAGCAUCACAUGUAACGGCAGUUUUGUUGUGAAGAAGUGAACACAGCCUCGAAGAUGGUGACAAAAUUGCACACAUUCACUGGCUCAGAUGUGAUGGCAAGCGACACUUUUUGCAAACUGGUUCGUGCACAAAAAUUCCAUGCUUGGGAAAAUCAUCUCCCAAUAAGUGACUUUGAUACUGCAUUUUUUUUUUUUUGCCUUCAGUCAGUUCACAAGUUGUGACAUGACAAGCAAGACACUAGAGAUGUGCAUUAAAAGCAUGAUGUCCUGAUA